GCGAACGCAUUGCGGAGUGAAAAGGAGUAAAGUUGUGCUAGCAGUGACGGCCACGCGGAUAUUGCGUUGCCUCUAUUGGAGUGAUUUCAAUGAAGCCGUGUUGGUGGAUUUGUUAUUAUAUUUACUGAAAAUAUUGAACAUAAAAGAUGGACAAAACUCCAGAAGAUCACGGACCUCCAGAUUCUUGGGAAAAUAUUUCGGAUAAUAUUAUUCAGAAUGGUGGAGAGGAAGGAGAUUUAUCAAAACCUUUUUUGGGACUAAACGUGGACGCACCGCCAUUCGUUCCAUCAUUUGCAACUUUAGCUGCUGCUCAAGCACAAUCUCCUACAGAAAGUGAUGAAAAAAGUCCAAUAAGUGAAACACAGCCAAAUCCUGAUCCACCACCACCUUUACCUAUGGAUAUAGAUCUUAAACCAGGAGGGGAUGUUGAUGGAGGGGGGAGUGAUGAUUCUCCAGCAGAUUGGGAAAAUGUAGAUAUUGAAGAUAAGGAUCUAGAUGAUGAAAAUAUAGAAGCUGAAGAAGUUGAAGUAGUAACAAAAAGUAAAAAGAAAGUUUUAAAAGCAGAAGAAGAAGGUGUAAGAAAGGAGCAUGUUAAUGUUGUAUUCAUUGGUCAUGUAGAUGCUGGUAAAUCAACAAUAGGAGGCCAAGUCCUGUACUUAACUGGUAUGGUUGAUAAACGCACUCUAGAAAAAUAUGAGAGAGAAGCAAAAGAGAAAAAUAGAGAAUCUUGGUAUCUUUCUUGGGCACUAGAUACGAAUCAGGAAGAAAGAGAUAAAGGUAAAACUGUUGAAGUUGGCAGAGCCUACUUUGAAACUGAAAACAAACAUUUCACUCUACUAGAUGCUCCAGGGCACAGAAGUUUUGUACCAAACAUGAUUGGGGGUGCUUGUCAAGCGGACUUGGCUGUCUUAGUAAUUUCGGCUAGGAAAGGUGAAUUUGAAACUGGAUUUGAAAGAGGUGGACAAACAAGAGAGCAUGCUAUGUUAGCUAAAACUGCUGGCGUUAAACAUCUAGUUAUUCUUGUUAAUAAGAUGGAUGAUCCAACAGUAGAGUGGUCUGAAGAACGAUACAAUGAAUGUAAAGAUAAACUAAUACCUUAUCUAAAGAAAUGUGGCUUCAAUCCUAAAGUGGAUGUUAUUUUUAUGCCUUGCUCUGGUUUAACUGGAGCCUUUUUAAAAUAUAUUCCUGACGAUAAAGUAUGCCCAUGGUUUCGUGGGCCAUCAUUCUUAGAUUAUAUAGAUUCAUUGCCAUCUCUAAACAGACCUACUGAAGGACCUUUUAGAAUGCCAGUUGUGGACAAAUAUAAGGACAUGGGUACUGUAGUCUUGGGUAAAGUAGAAGCUGGAAAUGCUAAAAGAUCUCAGCAGUUGCUUCUUAUGCCUAAUAGGAAAGCUGUAGAAGUUCUACAAUUGUGGUCAGAUGAAGAUGAAGUUGCAUCUGUGAUGUCUGGUGAAAAUGUUAAAAUCAAACUAAAAGGUGUUGAAGAAGAGGAAGUAUCUUCGGGAUUUGUCUUGUGUGAUUUUACCAAUCCUUGUCGGAUAGGAAAAGUUUUUGAUGCUCAAGUUGUUAUUCUUGAGCAUAAAUCCAUAAUUUGUCCAGGUUAUAGUGCAGUUUUACAUGUUCAUGCUGCAAUUGAAGAAGUAUCAGUGAAAGCACUGAUUUGCCUUGUAGAUAAAAAAUCAGGAGAAAAAGGAAAAACGCGUCCUAGGUUUGUUAAACAAGAUCAAAUUGCCAUUAUGAGGUUAGAAUGUGCUGGUGUGAUUUGCCUUGAAUCAUUUAAAGAUUUCCCCCAAAUGGGUCGUUUCACUUUAAGAGACGAAGGUCGGACGAUUGCAAUUGGGAAAGUUCUUAGGCUCAUUGAAUAAAUUUUAUGUACAGUGAAGACAGUAUUCUCCAACUGCAAAAUGGGACGACUUAGUUUUGCAUCUCUAUUCUUUUAUGCUUCCAUAUUUUGUACUAAAACAUGAAAUGCAACUUAUUCAUACAUAAUUUUGUAACGUAAUGCAAUAAAAAAAAAUGAAUUCA